AUGGUUGGGGGAAUUUUGAAAACUCAUGUGGCAGAGGAAAAUGCGGCAUCAGUUUUGGCGGCUACCCUUCCAGGAUGGAGAAUGGAAAACAACUACUGUUGUUUAGAGCUGGGAAGGAUCUGGUUAGUUUGGGAUCCCUCAGUCUCUGUUUUGGUUUUCAAAAAAUCUGAGCAAAUGAUCCUUUGCAGUAUAAAAGUGCCUGAAGUGGCUACUUCCUUUGUUGCUGCUUUUGUGUAUGGUAAAAACACUGUUAUUGAAAGAAGGUUGCUUUGGGAGGAGAUUUCUUUGUUGGCUCACACAUCCCCUUUGUGCGACACUCCUUGGGUGUUAAUGGGUGAUUUCAACCAGAUAGCGGAAACCACUGAACACUUCUCUAUCAUCCCUUCUUCCUUCUCUUUAAGCGGGCUUGAUGAUUUCCAAGGUUGCCUGAGAGAUAAUGAUUUGAAUGAUCUCCCUAGUAAGGGUGUUUUUUUUACUUGGUCAAAUCAUCAGCAAGAGAACCCUAUUAUCAGGAAGUUGGAUAGAGCUGUGGGGAAUGGAGCAUGGUUCAGCUCCUUUUCAAGCGCUGUGGCUGUUUUCGAUCCCCCGGGGGAUUCUGAUCAUUCACCAUGCUUCAUUACUUUGGUAAAUCACCCUGAUCACUCUAAAAAACCUUUUAAAUACUUUUCCUUUCUGGCUUCUCACCACUCCUUCCUUUCCUGUUUGACAUCUGCUUGGGAGGAGGAGACCCUAUGCGGUUCCAAGAUGUUUAUGUUAGGGGAAAGAUUAAAGCAUGCCAAGAAAGCUUGCAGGAAAUUAAACAGACAAGGGUUUGGUAAUCUCCAGCAAAGAACUCAAGAUGCACUGUCUCAUCUGGAAGAUAUUCAGAGUCAACUUCUAUCCAUCCCUUCUGAUUCCCUUUUCAGACAGGAGCAUGUUGCCAGGAAAAAGUGGAAUUUCUUUGCUGAUGCAUUGGAAUCUUUUUUCAGACAGAAAUCAAGAAUAAAAUGGCUAAAAGAUGGAGAUGCAAAUACCAGAUUCUUUCACAUGGCGGUUAUUGCUCAUCGAGCCAAGAACCUCAUUAAAUUUCUUCGCGGAGAUGACGACUCCAAAGUCGACAAUGUGCAGCAGAUUAAGGAUAUGAUCAUCACCUACUACACUCACCUCCUGGGGACUGAAUCUUUCUGCAAUCCCCACGGCUGA